AUGUCGGCCAAUGUGCAGGAGCCCAACCCGGCCCGCAAGCGCAACCAUGAGCAGUUCUCUGGCGAUGAGGCGGGAGAAGAUGGGCCAAAGGACGAAAAGACGCCUUCCAAGCAGGGUCUCCAGCCGUCAGGCAAUGCUCUUUUGUCGUUCAUCUCGAACAACGUCGUCGCUUCUUCGCCGCAAGGGUCCCCUACACUUACAGAAGCCGGUAGCAGCACGGCUGCCUGCAACCCCCCCUCACCCGACACACCUACCAAGGCUGGUGACGCACAGCCUGCUUGCGCCGCACAAGCAUCCAACCCUGCUGCGAAGCGCAAGAAGCUGAGCGCGACCGAAAAGGAGGCUCGCGAAAAGGAAGUCAAUGGAAAGAAGGAGCAGAAAGAGCGCGAGGCCGCUCAAAAGAAGCAAGAGCGCGACGAGAAAGCCGCCCUAAAGGCUGCUGAAAAGGCCCGGCAAGAGGAAGAAAAGGUUGCCCGUCAGAGGGAGAGAGAGGAGAAGCGCAAGAAGAAGGAAGAGGAGGAAAGGUUGAAGGCAGAACAGCGCGAGGAAAAAAAGAAGCAAAAGGAGGAAGAGGAGAGACGCAAAGAGGAGGAAAAGGAAAAGAAGGCUCGCGCCCAGCCCAAAUUGAUGAGUUUCUUCGGGCCUCCGAGUACACCCAAGAAGACUGCCCCUACCAACCAUUUGAACUCGAGUCCGGCAAAGGGUGCUAUCGAUUCGCCCGACAAUACGACGAGAGUAACAGCAUACAGCAAAAUGUUCAAUCCGUUCUUUGUCAGAAAACACACCAAAAUGGCUUCCACCAUCGGUAAUAUGGAUGAGGAGACUCGCGAAUCAAAGUCAAGAAUACUGGACGAGUUCAUUCUAGGAGAGCGUAAGGCCGAUGUAACGUUUAAUCCGGUAUCUCUUUUUGCGCUGCCCGGCGCGAGCAAACCCCGUGGGAAACAGCACCAACAAGUUCGUCAAAUCAUGGAAGCGGAACACAAAGAAAUGGAACGCUCGGGUACUACCGCGGCGCCGGAUCUUCUGGAAGCUGCCAAAAAGAAGCUCGCUGGUAUUCCAGUCAAAGUUAUUGCCUUUUCGCAAGAUGUCCGACCACCAUAUUACGGUACCGUUACCCGUACGCCGUUUGCUCUAGGUCAGGGCAAUAUGAAGAGAGUCGCUCGUCGCUCCGCUACCCGGCGUCUGCAGCUGGACUAUGAUUACGACUCAGAAGCCGAGUGGCAGGAAGAAGAGGGUGAAGACCUGGAUGCCGAUGACGACGAUGAGGAAGUGGACGACGAAGACGACAUGGAUGGGUUCCUCGACGAUUCUGAAGACGCGGGUCUCACGCGUCGCACAUUCGGAAACACCAUGGAGCCUGAAUCUACCGGCAUCUGUUUCGAGAAUGAGAACCGCAAGACAUCCAGCCAAGCCGCUACAUGUUACAAGAUGGAGAUCAUUCUGGACAUAUUUCACAAGAACGCCAGUAUUGAUCCUUUUGCGACGUCAUAUUGGCAGCCAGAGCCCAAAGCAGCCCCCGUAAUGACAGUCACAACAUCGACAGCUGAAAAGAUGCCGCCUCCCCCAACACCCGCCAAUGCCUUUGCUGCUCUCAAUGCCUCCAGUACUGAGAGCGCGCCUGUCAAAAUCGUCAAGCCUGAGAUAAUGAAUGACGUCAAAAGGGCCAUUUUACAAAACAAGGCUCUCUCGAAGGUUGGCAUCAUUGAUUUCAUUUUUCAGCAAUUCCGUGACAGGGCAUCUCGCACAGAGGUGAAGAAUACACUGGAGCUUGUUGCUGAGAAGAAGAAGGCGGGCAAGAUGAAUGAGUGGGACCUAAAGCCUGGACAUGAGAUUACUACAUGA